CACCCAGAGAUUAAAAGAACAAGUUUUGAGAGACUGCCAAAAGAAAACAGUUUCUAUGAUAUCUGGAGGCAGAGAGCAGCAUCACACAGGCUGCUAAUUCUCCUCCUGCUGCUGCUAUCUGGACGAAGUUUAAACCAUGACAACACCAAACCAAUGAAGUCCACUUGGUCUGCAACUCAACAUACCAUAACACCAGCCAGGAUGUUAACCCCCUAGCUUUGGUGUAUUAAACAUCCACUUACUGGCAAGGGGCAUCUUGUCCAGGAUCUCCUCUCUAACUGUCAGUGAAGUUGGGUCAGCGUGUACACAUAAGGAAACAUGGCCUGCACAUCACAGUCUGCGUUAGACUGGGUCACGAGUGCCAAACGCCAUCUUAUAAGUGGAUUAAAGGAUCUCUCUGUGAUUUUGGAAAACUUGAAUCAGAAAGGUGUUCUUGGUGAUGAAGAAGUCAGCAAUAUAAAGGCAGAGAAAACUGAUGAAGAGAAAAUAAGAACAACACUGAUCUCAGUCACAAAAAAAGGAGAAGCAGCCUGCUAUGAGUUACUCAAGAUUAUCUACAUGACAAGGAAGAGGACUUUAGAGAAACUGCUUCUUCCUCCUGAGAAAAACAGCGAUGCUUCCACUGAGAAAAACAAGUUUGAUCUGCAUCAUUGGAUCAGCUGCUUUUCCUUCAAGGAGGAGACUCAAGUCAAUACACACUACUUACAAGGACCAAGGUCAUGCCACAAAUAUCAAGAAAAGUUAAAGUCAAAAGCAAAAAAAAUAUCAAAUGACUUUUGGGCAGCAAGUAAAAAAUGGUUUGAAGGAAACAAGAGACCUGAUCUGUCAUACUCAUCACUUAUAUUAGACACAGAGGAAAGUGUUUGUCCAUCUAAAAUAAAAAAAUUAAAAAAAAGGAAAAGCAAGCUGAGUCGCCCUAAAAAACUGAGGACAUACAUCCCUGAAGAGAAACCCACCAUUUCCCCCACUGUGCUGCUGAAAACAGAUAAAAACAUUAUCUUGGUUGGAAAACCUGGAAUUGGAAAGACAGCACUGACUCAUGAAAUGCUGAGACUCUGGGCAGAAAGAGAAAGCAAAGAGCUUGAUUACAUGUUUUACUUUGACAUGAGGGAAACAGCACAGAUCGUGAACGCCAAGGAUUUGGAAGAACUCCUUUUCAGCUUUUAUUGUGGUCCAGAUGAAGGCAAAGAUGAGGUCUUACAGGACAUACAGAGUCACUCUGACAAUGUUACAAUUAUUUUUGAUGGACUCACAGAUCUCUCUUCACCAGUGGUUACAAAGAUUGUAAAGAACAAAUUACUACCUCUCGCAAAGAUCAUCAUAACAUGCAGACCAGAUGAUGAGGAUACAAAGUUGUUUUCUGGAGACUUUAUCAGAGUGGAGGUGAAAGGCUUUAGUGAGCAGACUAUUAAAACAUACUUAUCUGCAACACUCGGUGAAGAUCAGACGAAGGUUUUGAGUAACUUGGAACUGAUAACUCUUUGUCAUGUCCCCAUGUAUGCACUGAUGAUGGCUGUUUGCUUUUCAUCAAAAGAUGCUCCACAGCCAUGUACAAUAACUGAGAUAUACAUCAAUAUUGUUCGAUUCUGCCUUCAGAUAAACAGCAAAACAAAGAACCAAAAGCUGAAUUUCUUCAUCAAAACCAAGAGAGAAGAAAUUCUGUCUCUAGCUGAAGCUGCUUUUCUUGCAACCCAACAAAAAUCCGUGAACCUGACAGACCUGACCUGUAAAGACAUCUGUGUCCUGUCCUUCCUGAAACCACUUCUCAUCAAGGUGGCCCCGACUGAAACAAUAACCACAUAUGCAUUCCUCCAUUACACAGUGCAGGAGUUUUUUGCAGCACUGUGGAUCUUGAUGAAUCCUGAUAAAGUCAGAGAUGUUUUUCAGCAGUGCCUCACAGAGGAGAAGAAACACAUGAAACAUCUGAUCCCCUUCAUGUGUCGAUUGUUGAAUGAGAAGAGCCCAAGUUUGAUGAAGCAUCUGAUUCCAGAUCAGGACCUGAAGAAUACAUCUAACUGGUUCUUCAAGGAGCUGAUUAACACAUUUCUUCCUCAUCUGUGUGAGCAAGAAGAGGCUGAUACUGAGGACAGUGGGCUCCAUGUCGACAUACUGUUCGUAUGCCAGUGCUUGUAUGAGUCCCAGAGUCCUGAAGCAUGCGUCUACCUUCUAGACAAACUGGACUACCAUCUUGACCUCAGUGGAGACAGUCUGGAUCCUUACCCUUGCUGUGCUGUGGCCUUUGUGGUCACUCAGUCAAAGGAAAGGAAAAUAAGGCUGAACCUCAAGGACGUGAUCAUAUCAGAACAAGGAAUGAGACAGCUGUUUGGAUGCUUUGAAAAUGUCCAAUGGUCUGACUCUCUGGCUCAACAGCUGUGGGAGCUUUUUCUUAUCAGUGAAGAGCAGAUGGACUUUGUAACCUUACUCAGCCUAGAUGGAAACCUUCACCUUCCAGUUGAUGGUGAAAAGCAGCUUUAUGAAAGAGCUGUGGAAGUCAUGCAGAGGAUGCAUACAAAGGUUAAUGUCUGCCUCUACUGGGACAAUGAAACUCCUCCCUGUCAGAGUCAGUGUGAGUCUCUACUAAAGGCUUUCCCGUUCAUCAGCUCAGUCAGCUUCAGAGGUCCAGUUUCAUGGAGCCAGGAGAAGUACCAUUGGACACUGGAGAGGGAGCAGAAGAGGCUGUUCAUGGAUUUAUGCCUGAAAGCAGCACUUCAUGAUGAACCAAACUUCUACAAUGUAGUGAAGAUGCUUCUCCCAUUGUUUCCUGUUAAAACUGACUUGGACAACAUCUUUCUUGAUUUGUUUCAAUAUGUGAAUAGCAAAGAGGUUUUAGGUGACUUUCAGGGUUUGAGGCCAUUUUUCCAGUCAGCUCCUGCAGUCUGGUCCAUAAACCUCUCAGAGAGAAAGACCUCCAUCCUCCUGGAAGUGCUGAAACUCCAACCAGAGAAGAAAGAAGUGGAGCUGACAGGCUGCUCACAUGAAGAGAGUGAAGUGAGGAGUUUCCUGCAGUGUCUGCCUUAUAUCUCACAGCUCAGAUUCAUUUCUCAGUUAUCAGACCCUUCAGAGGAAAUCAGAUUCUUGGGAAAUCUGAUCUGUGCAGCAGCAGAAAGAGAUCAGCAGGCAGGAGAGAAAAUACUGGAGCUGUUAUCAUCAGUGUGCAGAUACAAAGGAUUCCCUCUUAAAGACAUAUGGUGUGAUUUACUGCUUGAUCUGUACUGUUAUAAGAAUAAAACAGGCAGGAGUGUCCUUCCAUCAUUACAGUCAGUUUUCCAGUCAGCUCCUGCAGUCUGGUCCAUAAACCUCUCAGAGAGAAAGACCUCCAUCCUCCUGGAAGUGCUGAAACUCCAACCAGAGAAGAAACACGUGGAGCUGACAGGCUGCUCACAUGAAGAGAGUGAAGUGAGGAGUUUCCUGCAGUGUCUGCCUUAUAUCACAGAACUCAGUUUCAAGCCUCAGGCUUCACAACCUUCAGAAGAAACCAGGUUCUUUGUGAAUCUGUUCUGUGCAGCAGCAGAGAGAGAACAGCAGACAGGAGAGAAGAUACUGGAGCUGUUAUCAUCAAUGUGCAGCUAUCAAACAUUCACUCUUAAACAGAAGUGGUGUGAUCUUCUACUUGACCUCUACCCCAGUGUGCUUGAAAGGGGCUUGAGUGUCCUUCCACCCUUGUGGUCAGUUUUCAAAUCAACUCCUGCAGUCUGGUCCAUAAACCUCUCAGAGAGAAAGACCUCCAUCCUCCUGGAAGUGCUGGAACUCCAACCAGAGAAGAAACAGCUGAAUCUCACAGGCUGGUCACAUGAGGAAAAUGAAGGGAGGACUUUCCUUCAGUGUCUGCCGUAUAUCUCACAGCUCAGUUUUAGUACUACAUCAUCAGAAUCAUCAGAAGCAGUCAGGUUCUUUGGGGAUCUGUUCUGUGCAGCAGCAGAGAGAGAACAGCAGACAGGAGAGAAGAAACUGGAGGUGUUAUCAUCAGUGUGCACAUAUAAAAAUCUCCCUCUGCAGGAGAUAUGGUGUGAUUUCCUAAUGGACCUGUACUAUUAUACAGCGAAAACAGGCUUGAGUGUCCUUCCAUCAUUACAGCCAGUUUUCCAGUCAACUCCUGCAAUCUGGUUCAUAAACCUCUCAGAGAGAAAGACCUCCAUCCUCCUGGAAGUGCUGAAACUCCAACCAGAGAAGAAACAACUGAGUCUCAUAGCUUGGUCAGGUGAAGAGAGUGAACUGAGGAGUUUCCUUCAGUGUCUGCCUUAUAUCUCACAGCUCAGUGUUGUUCCUGAAUUCUCAGAAGAAAUCCGGUUAUUUGGCUAUCUGAUCUGUGCAGCAGCAGAGAGAGAACACUGGACAAGAGACAAGAUACUGGAGCUGUUAAUAUUAGUGUGCACAUAUAAAGGAUUUCCUCUUAGAGAAAUAUGGUGUGAUUUCCUACUGGACCUCUACUCCAGUGACUUUGAAAUGGCUUUCAGAGUCCUUCUAUCAUUACAGCCAGUUUUCCAGUCAGCUCCUGCAGUCUGGUCCAUAAACCUCUCAGAGAGAAAGACCUCCAUCCUCCUGGAAGUGCUGAAACUCCAACCAGAGAAGAAACAAGUGGAGCUGACAGGCUGCUCACAUGAAGAGAGUGAAGUGAGGAGUUUCCUGCAGUGUCUGCCUUAUAUCUCACAGCUCAGUGUCAUACCUCCGUUGUCAGAGCCUUCAGAAGAAACCAGGUUCUUUGGGAAUCUGUUCUGUGCAGCAGCAGAGCGAGAACAGCAGACAGGAGAGAAGAUACUGGAGCUGUUAUCAUCAGUGUGCAGAUACAAAACAUUCCCUCUGACAGAGAUAUGGUGCGAUUUCCUUUUUGAUCUGUGCUCCCAUGUGAAGGACUAUGAGAUUAAAACAGGCAGGAGUGUCCUUCCAUCAUUAAAGUCAGUUUUCCAGUCAGCUCCUGCAGUCUGGUCCAUAAACCUCUCAGAGAGAAAGACCUCCAUCCUCCUGGAAGUGCUGAAACUCCAACCAGAGAAGAAACAAGUGGAGCUGACAGGCUGCUCACAUGAAAAGAGUGAAGUACUGAGUUUCCUUCAGUGUCUGCCUUAUAUCUCACAGCUCAGUUUCUCUCCUUCAUUUUUACUCUCAAGUCAAACGGAUUUGACAUGGGAAGAAGCAGAGAGAGAACAGCAACCAGAAGAGAAGAUACUGGAGCUGUUAAUAUCAGUGUGCAGACAUGGAACGUUCCCUUUUAAUGAGAGAUGCUCCUGUGCAGACUGUGAUUUCCUGUUGGAUCUGUUCUCCCAUGUGAAGGAUUGUGAAACUAAAACAGGCCUGAGUGUCCUUCCAUCAUUACAGUCAGUAUUUUCAGCUCCUGCAGUCUGGUCCAUAAACCUCUCAGAGAGAAAGACCUCCAUCCUCCUGGAAGUGCUGAAACUCCAACCAGAGAAGAAACAAGUGGAGCUGACAGGCUGCUCACAUGAAAAGAGUGAAGUACUGAGUUUCCUUCAGUGUCUGCCUUAUAUCUCACAGCUCAGUUUCUCUCCUUCAUUUUUACUCUCAAGUCAAACGGAUUUGACAUGGGAAGAAGCAGAGAGAGAACAGCAACCAGAAGAGAAGAUACUGGAGCUGUUAAUAUCAGUGUGCAGACAUGGAACGUUCCCUUUUAAUGAGAGAUGCUCCUGUGCAGACUGUGAUUUCCUGUUGGAUCUGUUCUCCCAUGUGAAGGAUUGUGAAACUAAAACAGGCCUGAGUGUCCUUCCAUCAUUACAGUCAGUAUUUUCAGCUCCUGCAGUCUGGUCCAUAAACCUCUCAGAGAGAAAGACCUCCAUCCUCCUGGAAGUGCUGAAACUCCAACCAGAGAAGAAACAAGUGGAGCUGACAGGCUGCUCACAUGAAGAGAGUGAACUGAGGAGUUUCCUUCAGUGUCUGCCUUAUAUCUCACAGCUCAGUGUUGAUACUAAUACAUCAGAUGAAGACACAACAAGGUUCUUUGGGGAUCUGUUCUGUGCAGCAGCAGAGAGAGAACAGCAGACAGGAGAGAAGAUACUGGAGCUGUUAUCAUCAGUGUGCAGAUAUAAAAAUAGUCCUCUUAAACAGAAGUGGUGUGACUUCCUCAUGGACCUGUACUCUUAUGAGACUAAAACAGGCUUGAGUGUCCUUCCAUCAUUACAGUCAGUUUUCCAGUCAGCUCCUGCAGUCUGGUCCAUAAACCUCUCAGAGAGAAAGACCUCCAUCCUCCUGGAAGUGCUGAAACUCCAACCAGAGAAGAAAGAAGUGGAGCUGACAGGCUGCUCGUAUGAAGAGAGUGAAGUGAGGAGUUUCCUGCAGUGUCUGCCUUAUAUCUCACAGCUCAGUGUUGAUCGUUGGAGGUCAGAUCUUCAUGAAGAAAUCAGGUGCUUUGGGAAUCUGUUCUGUGCAGCAGCAGAGAGAGAACAGCAGACAGGAGAGAAGAUACUGGAGCUGUUAUCAUCAGUGUGCAGAUAUCAAACAUUCCCUGUUCAUGAGAGAUACAUGGAUGAGUUUGAAGCUGAAGAAGUUCAGAUUGAUUUCCUGCUGGAUCUGUGCUCCCAUGUGAAGGACUAUGAGACUAAAACAGGCUUCAGUGUCCUUCCAUCCUUAAAGUCAGUUUUCCAGUCAGCUCCUGCAGUCUGGUUCAUAAACCUCUCAGAGAGAAAGACCUCCAUCCUCCUGGAAGUGCUGAAACUCCAACCAGAGAAGAAACAAGUGGAGCUGACAGGCUGCUCACAUGAAGAGAGUGAAGUACUGAGUUUCCUUCAGUGUCUGCCUUACAUCUCACAGCUCAGUUUCUCCUCUUCAUUUUUACGCUCCACUGAAACCAAUUUAAUGCUGGGAAAAGCAGAGAGAGAACAGCAGCCAGGAGAGAAGAUACUGGAGCUGUUAUCAUCAGUGUGCAGAUAUAGAAUAUUCCCUUUUAAUCACACAGAUGAUGACUACGAAGAGAUGGAGUAUCAGAUUCAUUUCCUGCUGGAUCUGUACUCUCAUGUGAAGGACUGUGAGACUAAAACAGGCUUGAGUGUCCUUCCAUCAUUACAGUCAGUUUUCCAGUCAGCUCCUGCAGUCUGGUCCAUAAACCUCUCAGAGAGAAAGCCCUCCAUCCUCCUGGAAGUGCUGAAACUCCAACCACAGAUGAAAGAAGUGGAGCUGAGAGGCUGCUCACAUGAAGAGAGUGACGUGAGGAGUUUCCUGCUGUGUCUGCCUUAUAUCUCACAGCUCAGCUGUGAUCCAGACUUCUUCCAGAGUGUGUGUACAUCCAUGUUUGUAAGAUCCAGAGAGGAGGCCCAGCAGCUGGAGUCUCUGCUGCAGCUCCUGGGGUUCCAGCUGCUGUUAACAGGAGAGUUACACAGGAAAAGCUGCUGGUCUGUGGGGAGAGUUCUCAGACUGUGUGGCUCUAAAGUGGAUCUCGUCCUCACACCCAGCAAGAUGUCUGCCAGAGGAGCCGCUCUCCUCUUUAGACACACAACACAACUACACAGUCUGAGGCUUUCCAUCGACAUGUCCUUGCUCCUGUUUCAGUGGGUAAGAAGAGGCAGAGUGGUCUGUCCGCUGGCUGUGGAAGAGCUUUCUCUUGUGCCUAAGAAAGCCCGACCAUCACAGAGAGUAUUGUUGAGGGCUGUCAGUAGUUUGGCUUCCCUGCUGAGACACUGGACAGUCGGACGGUUAGACCUGACUGAGAGCUGCAUCCCUGCUCAGGGUCUGAUUACUCUGCUGCUCCAUGAUGGUCCUCUAACAGUCAAACUGAGUGAAGAGAGCUUCCAGCAGCUUCUGUCUCUCCUCCAUGAAAUCCAGGACAAGGACUUGACGCUGUCCUUCUUGAGUAAGGUUGGUGGAGACCUGACCUCCUGCUGUCUGAACUGGGAGCUUCUUCACUAUAUGCUGCAGCAGGCGUCAGCUCAGACCAUCACUGUGAACCUGAGGAAGAACCUCUUCUUACAGGAGGAAACCACACGUCUGCUUCCCUUUCUGGACAGGAUUGUGUUUAAAAGGCCCAGUCCCAGCUUUGUGAUGAGCUCCAUCAGAGAGCUCUGCAGAGCUCAUGACAGUCACGCUGUACCCAGUUUACUGAGGUCACUUGGUCAUGUGAUCAACCUGAGCAGCAGAGAGCUGGACUCAGUGGACUGUGCUGCUCUGAUCUUCAUCCUCAAACACGGAGACGGAGUCAAACUGAACCUCCUGUGGACCUCCAUACCAGCAGAGGGAGCAGAGUCCAUCCUCUUCAUGCUGGACAAAGUUUCUCAUCUCAGUGUUGACAGGAAUCAGCUGCUGAGGUUCAUCCACUGCUGUGCUGCCUGUGACGUCCAGCAGGAGGCAGCGUCAGGCCUGCUGAGGACUCUGCAGCACAGCUUGGAUCUGUCCUGCUCCUCCUGUGUGGAGCUACCAGAGGAGGAUCAGCCUGAGCCUCUGAGUCUGACCGCUGAUGACUGCAGGGCCAUCUCCACCAUCCUGACACACAGCAGCCGGGACACACAGCUCGACCUGCGAGAUUGUGAGGUGGAGGACAGCGUGCUGGACCUGCUGUUUCCUGUUCUCCACAGGGUCCACCUCAGAGUCAGUAAAACUGUCCUCCUCCAGCUGCUGUCUCUGGUUCCUGUGAACAGUGAGAGGGACACAGUGAGGCGGGCGGUGUCCCUGUGUGCAGCCCUGGGUGGAGAGCUGGAUCUCAGUCACAGCACGCUGGAUCAGAGGGCCUGUGGGGCUUUGGUCCAGAUGCUGGACUCGUGUGAAGGGCUGACAGAGCUGGACCUCAGUCACUGUCAGCUCACUGACCAGCUGCUGCUCCCUCUCAUCACACAUCUGCACAAAGUCCAAGUCCUGGAUCUGAGUCACAAUCAGAUCACUGAUGCUUCGACUGAUGUGUUACUGCAGCUGCUCUCCAUCAACCCCUCCAUCGACUGUGUGCGACUCUACAGCAACAACAUCGUGCACAGAGCAGCCUUCAAGGAACACAAGCAGUUUGAGAUAUGAAGGAAUCAUCGUCAAGUAGUUGUUGGUUUUUUCUCUUCUCGUCAUCAUUAAAUGAAAACAUUGGAGGAAGUAUGAACACUGGUGCUGUGUUCAUGGAGUCAGCAAUGUACGACACAGUAACAUUAGAGUGCUAUGUUAAUUUUUUUUCUUUUUUCUAUGAUCAUUAAGAAGACAGUUUAUAUGGAGGCUCAGGAUAUAUCUCAUCCUGAUGUAUCUUUUGUUUCUCAGCUGCUACAGAUUUUUCUUUGAUGGAGCUCAAUUGUCUAAUCGAGCUCCAUUAUAGUAAGUAAGUAAAGUAAAGUUACUAAGUGCUUUUCACAGAUAAGCGGUCACAAAGCACUGUUGACAAAAGGCUAAAAUAAACAAGAACUUCAGGUGCCAAAAUAGAUGAUACAAAACAUAAUAAUAAAAUACAGUAAAGUUAACAGGUACUUUUAAAAUAAAAUAAAUAAAUCAAUUAAAAAAAUCUCAGCAGAAAGCCUGAUUAAACAGAAAAGUUUUUAACUGUGUUUUAAAACAAUCCAGAGUCAACAAAAUGUAGUUGUGGUGGUAGACUGUUCCACAGCCUUGGUGCCACAGACUGAAGCCUCCGUCCCUUCUUGUCUUUAGAUGUGUUUGUGGAACAACCAACAAAUUCUGAGUCUUUGAAUGGAGACGAGCAGCAGUGUAUUUAGUAAGAAGUAGACAUAAUCUGGGGCCAGGCCAUUUAGUGCUCUGUAUGUUAAAACAAGAAUUUUGAAACAAAUUUUAAAAUCUAUUGGGAGCCAAUGUAAAGAGUACAAAAUAGGAGUAAUGUGAACAUGCUUACUAGAAUGUGUUAGUAGUCUGGCCACAGAACUUUGUGUAGCUUGGGAGUCGAGAAAUAGAUGAUUUGUUCAAGUUGGUAAAAAGGACAUAACAAUAAUAUAAACACGAUGACACAAAUGCAUGAACAAAUUUUUCCAGUUCAGCUGUGGAGACCUUAUGUCGCAAUUUAGAAAUGUUCCUAAAAUAAAAGAAAAAUUCAUGAUUUUACAUUCGAGCCAAGGCCCAGAGGAGAAUCAAAUAUUUCUCCAAGAUUCUGAAUGUCAGAUUAAAAGAAGAUUAGAUUACCAGUAGAGCUGUUUCUUCAACAGAGGAGUUACCUCAGCAAAAUAGGAUGGAACACAAACUUGCCUCAGCGACACGUUGAUGAUAGAUUGCAGUGUGGGACCAACACUGGUUAGAGUCCCAGAUGGGACAGAGGGAGGUAGUAUAUCUGGGCAACAUUUACUUUGGGUUCUGUUUACAUUUUGAGUAUUGGUUAUAUUUACUUCUUUGUGUUUCAGUUAAGUACAGCGUCACCUGUGUCCAUUUGUAUCAUGUUGUCAAGUUUUUAUCUUUGGCAUCUGAUCCUUCAUGUAGUUACUUCCUGUUUUAUUUUGAUAUUGAUUUGGCUCUGGUAUAAUGUAUUUAUAUUUGCUUAUGCAUCUCAUUAUCCUGAUUGGUUUCAGCUGUGUUUUGUUCCAACGCUGUUUUACGCUCCUUUAAUUUGCCUAUUUUUAUAUUUACCUGUUAAACCUGAGAGUCCUGCAGGCAGCUACCUGGGACCUGUUUUCAGCUGAACCUUGACAGAUGACCAUCCUGAUGUUUACACAUCUGAAACUUCUGUAAUAAUGGUGAUUCAGUUAUUUUAUUUUUUGUUAGACUAUUGAGACAAAACAAAGAGGCCAACUUGUUUUUGUUUUUUUAAUCAAUGCAGUGAGUCGGCCAUAUUUAUUCAUUGUGCUUUUGUGAUAACUGUACUUAUUCUACUCAGCAUUUUUCAGUCAGGACAGAGUAGAGAGACUCUAUAAUCACUUCUCAGAGGAACGAUGCAAUAAGUGAGCAAUCAGGAGAAAACUAUGUUUGGUACUUUGACAUAACUGGAACAAAUGGGCAUAAACAUGUUAACAUAUAUCGGUUUUCAUAUUUUAUAUUACAUGACAUGGGUGAAAGUGGUUAUUUUUUUCUGUGACAGUUUUCCUCAUUAAUGGAACAUGUUAACAAAACCUUCUACCAUAUUAGUUUACAGCUGCAAAUGGACUCAGGGAAUAAAUUAUAAAAGGCCAAAUGUCUGUAA